UUCCGUCCCAGAUGAGCGUCAGUCAGUCAGUCAGUCAGUCGGUGACGGACCUCAGAACCGGAGCAGCACCGGAUCAUGCGCGCGCUCACCGCGUCCUGACAGCUGCACGCGGCUCGGUUCCGGUGUCGGCGAGCGAGAUGGACGGAGGCGAGAGGAAGGAUGUGAAGCUCUCUGCUGAAGUAGAACCGUUUAUCCCUCAGAAGAAAGGUGUUGAAGCGUCAUUAUUACCCAUGAGUCUGUGCGGUGAGGGUGGAGCUGAGCCCACACAAAUCCCCUCCUACCUGAUCACCUGCUACCCCUUCGUACAGGAGAAUCAGAACAACAGUCGGCAGAUGCCUGUGUAUAACGGAGAUCACCGCUGGCAGCAGCUGAACCCGAGCCCCGGCGGGCCGUACCUGGCGUACCCGAUCCUGUCGUCCCCGCAGGCCCCCGUCACCAGCGAUUACCCCACGUACUACCACGCCAUCAUGCCCACACCCUGCCCUCCCGUCAUGGGCUUCUACCAGCCCUUCCCGGGGCCGUACACGGGGCCCCUGCAGGCCGGCGUGCUCAACCCCGUCUCCGACUGCAGCCAGACGCAGAGAGGGAGAGGCGUCUCACGAAACCCCGUCCUAAACAAGCAGCCAGUGGCUCAGCCAAUGAGAGGCAAGCGUCCCGUGAUGCGGAGCGUGGCGGUACAGAAGGAGGUGUGUGCCGCCGGGCCUGAUGGGAGAUCCAAGACGGUGCUGCUGGUGGAUGCAGCGCAGCAGACAGAUUUCCCCGGCGAGGCGUCUGGCAGCGUCAGAUGUGCGUCGGAUCAGGCGAGUCCUCAGUGGAAGAAUAAAGCUGGGUGCAGACGCACGUCUCAGCAGGAGUCGUCCAGCGAGCAGGGAGCCAGCGAGGCCGACAUCGACAGCGACAGCGGCUACUGCAGCCCCAAACACAACCAGGGAGCCGCCAACACCUCCACCAAUCAGCACACGGCCGCCACGGCUGUGGACGCUGGCGUCAUGACAGGUGCAGCUGUUAGCUGGGGGAAUGUAGCCUCACAGACCGUCCAGAAGCCGUGGACAGACAGGAACACAGCGUAUCACAGAGGCAGAACACCUGAGCAGAGGAACUACACACAGGACUUCCAGAUGAGCUUUGGAGGUCGUGCAGGAGGACAGAGAUCGACUCCUUCAGAGACACCCAACACACACCUCACACCUGAGCCACUGUACUUUCAGGAUGAGGACGAGUUUCCUGAUCUGGCCACGACACACGCACACACAUAA